UCCGACUUGUAAUGCGUGAUUAAGAGAGAAAUCGCCAAAGUUGCCGUUUUAUAAACGCCCGUGUAUAUUUUAGUCACGCUGAAUAAUCUGUAUAGUUGGAAACUUAGUGUUUUGCUCUUUUGCAUUAGGUGUUCCAGAAUUUUCUGUUAGGCAAAUAAUCGGCAGCCAAAUUCGGGACAGGUAGUACGCAUGCGCAUAAUCCUUCUGGAUAUUUCCUCACGUGGAGAGAUUCCCCUUCAGUGUGUCAGAUCCACGCUCACGAAGAAAUCGGGGUGCAGCUUCACGUCGACUCUCAGACCUCUCACACGUCCAGAAAUGGCCUUCAGAAAAUUCCUCCCCUUGUUCGACCGGGUGCUGGUGGAGCGCCUAACUGCAGAGACGGUAACGAAGGGGGGCAUCAUGCUGCCAGAGAAGUCUCAAGGCAAAGUGCUGCAGGCCACAGUAGUGGCAGUCGGACCUGGCUCCGUCAAUCAGGAUUUCUACAACUGGCCGGAUGAAUCAUUUGAGGAGAUGGACAGCACCCUGGCUGUCCAACAGUACAUUCAGCAGAACAUUAGAUCAGAUUGCUCCAAUAUCGACAAAAUCCUGGAGCCUCCGGAGGGUCAGGACGAGGGGGUGUGGAAGUAUGAGCACCUCAGGCAGUUCUGUCUGGAGCUCAAUGGGCUAGCCGUAAAACUGCAGAGCGAGUGCCACCCAGACACCUGCACCCAGAUGACAGCCACAGAGCAGUGGAUCUUUUUAUGUGCUGCCCACAAGACACCCAAAGAGUGCCCUGCCAUUGAUUACACCAGGCACACGCUGGACGGAGCUGCCUGUCUUCUCAAUAGCAACAAAUAUUUCCCCAGCAGGGUGAGCAUCAAGGAGUCAUCAGUGGCCAAACUGGGCUCUGUCUGUCGUCGCAUCUAUAGGAUAUUCUCUCAUGCCUACUUCCACCACCGCCAGAUAUUUGACAAGUAUGAGAAUGAAACAUUCCUGUGUCACCGGUUCACACGCUUCGUAAUGAAGUACAACCUGAUGUCCAAGGACAACCUGAUCGUGCCCAUUCUGGAGGAGGAAGUGCAGAACACCUCAUCAGCUGGGGAGAGCGAGGCCUAAGAUACAGCUGCUGCCAUAAGGGAGACACAUUCACACACCUUGCAUAUACAGGACACACACACACACACAACACACUACAGUGUAUUAAGGCUCCUGUCUAGUAACACUGUCCAUGUCCCUCCACCCUUGUCACCUGUGUCUAUCUCAAAGGAAGUGAGGGUAAAGAGGGUUCACAGUUGUUUCUGGAUACAGCUCUGCUCUCACACUACUCCUUUAGGGAAAACCCUUUUCCUUUUAAUCUUCUUUAAGCAGCUGGAUUUGCAAAAACCUAUGUAAUCAUGGUGACCGGUAUUGUUGACAAAGGCACACACUGACAGCCACCCCCUUCCUCCCCCCUCUGUAUAUAACCCCCGCUCCCCCUGUCUCUUAAUUCACUAUCAUGUUUUCUGAUGGUGCUUCACUUUUUUGUGUCAGCUUCUGUUCUCUAUUGGCUUGUGUUGCCCACCAGCCUCUUUGUUUGUUUGGGGAGGGGGUGUCCCAUUAAAAUGGAUCACUAAAUUAGCCUGCUGACGUAAUAAUGCUAUUAAAACACAAUGUAGGUAGGUGUGUGGCUUGUGUGGUAGUGAACAAAGAAAAACUUAAUCUCUAGCUUUGUAAGUGUACUAGCAGUCAGAUAUUCUUUCUCUUUGGCCUCUGAAACAUCAUUUCAGAGUAUUUAGGAAGGUUUGUUGGCUAACUCUGAUCCUGCUUUGUGACAUGCCCCCAUUUUAAUACUGUUUAAAAUGUGCCUGAUAUUCCCCUUUCCUUGACAUAAUAGUAACUGAAACCAUGACGUUAUGGGCAGAAACUGUGCUGCUGUAAGCCAGUUUUUUUACCGCUUUGAGCAUUUGAUGAGUAAAUACAAGGAAGGACAGAAUAUCAGCUACAUGUAAGUAUCUGAGCACAACCUCCCUUCUUUUACCCUCUCCGUCAUUAAAUUAUUUUGUGGGAGGAGUCUUAUCAGUCCAACCCACUUUUUUUUUUUUUUUUAAAUGGACUAAAAAAAUUUUGUUACUGUUGACAUUUUCAUGAUGUCUGUUAAUAAAAGAGACCUAUUAUUCA